AUUGUAAAAAGAGAUACACUACCACUUGUAAAUCCUUUAGCAUUUCCUGUCAUUGUUGCCAGUGUAACAGGGUUGAUUGUUUCAUUACUACUGUGAUCAUUAUAUUAGAUCUAUAAGUGCAGACAGGUGUGUUAAAUCUGGAAAAAUGGUGUGUGUGUGUGUGUGAUUCCUAAUCCUUCUGAGGUAUGUUCCAAAAUGGAGGAUUGUGAAGAUUGUGCCUCACUUUGUUUUAGUCAAAUAAAUUUUGGUUGGAUGGUGUUACUUGUGAUACUGUGGAUAGGAUCCAAGAAGUGAACUCUGCAGAUAGUUUUAAGAUAAAGAAAUCAUGUUAUUUUUUCCUCACUGACAAGCACAUGGAUUAUUGUUGAUUUGUAUAUCCCAGCCUUUAUUCCAAAAUAAGAAAAAUGCACAGCUUACAAUUUGUCAGAGUCUGGUUAGGAAAUAUGCAAAACUUUGAUAUUUUUUUCUGCUACAAUCUGUGAAAAUGAACCUAAGACAUAUUGGUAUGUAAUGUUAGGAAACCAAAGAAGUAUAUAUUUUUUGUAGUAUUGUAAGGUGCUAAAACUGCUCUCUGUAACCUGAAACCUGUUGCUUAAAAUAUAAAUAGGAAUCUUAAAAAAAAUGUUUUAUAGAAACACCUAGUCUGAAGCUAUUAUGAUGUUAUACAAAUAGUUCAAAUAGAGAUUUUUUGUAUGGUUUAAACUGAAGACAGAAGAGCUGAAGCAACAGAAGCUGAAAGUAUGACAUGUGCUAGAGCAAGAUGUCCCUCCGCUUGAUAAGCACUGCCUCACUCAGGACUCUGUGUCGAAGAUGCCCCUGCAGGAUCAAGGAUCCCCGGCUCUCAUUUUACAUGCCAACAGCUCAAAGUCUCCACACAUCACCCUUCGUAACACAGCAGGAGGGCAAUGCUAUGAAUGUGUUUGAUCGUCAAGCCAAACUUUUGCAAAGAGAAAGAGCUGCAAGGAAUCCAGAUGUUGCUGUUUUUGAUUACUUGAAAGAGGAAGUUGGUUAUCGUUUAGCUGACCGCAUCAACGACAUAAAACGGGAGUUUAAGACUGGUCUAGAUCUUGGAACAGGUCGAGGAUAUGUUGCCAAGAACGUAACAGAUGCUUCAUUAGAGGAGCUGUACAUGAGUGAUUUGUCGCCAUCAAUGCUGGAAUCGGCAGAAACCCCUCAGGAUGUGAAGUUUACAAAGAUGGUGAUCGAUGAAGAAAGAAAGUUUCCAUUCGAAAAUAAAGCACUCGAUCUCGUUAUAUCGAAUUUGAAUCUUCACUGGGUGAACAAUUUGCCGGGUUGCCUCAAGGAAAUCUAUCGAGUGUUGGGAGAAGACGGCGUGUUCCUGGCAUCGGUGUUUGGGGGAGACACUUUGUAUGAACUGCGCUCAUCUCUGGUACUGGCCGAACUGGAGAGAGAAGGCGGAUUUUCUGCACAUGUGUCACCCUUUGCUGAGAUACGGGAUAUUGGCAGCCUCCUCAACCAGAGUGGGUUCACCAUGCUCACAAUUGACACAGAUGAGAUUUCUGUUGGUUUCCCAUCCAUGUUUGAACUGAUGUGGGACCUUCAAGGGAUGGCAGAAAAUAAUGCUGGUAUCAACCGCAAACCCCAUCUCCACAGGGACACGCUGCUUGCAGCUAGUGCCAUUUAUCAAGAAAUGUAUGGGAAUGAAAACGGGAUUCCAGCAACAUUUCAGAUUAUCUAUAUGAUAGGAUGGAAGCCGGACCCAAAACAGAUGGGCACCCAAGCUGAGCGAGGCAGUGGUCAAGUUUCUCUCAAGGACUUGCACAAGUUGGAUGACAUGAUCCGAGAGGCAGGAAUGGAGGGCAGAAUUAAGUUCAUGCAAGAUAUGACUUCAGACAACAAAGACAAGAAAGAUUAGAAUGCGGAACCAAAUCUCAGAAAAUAAAUAGUAAUGCUGAUGGAAGAAUUGCUCUUGAUGUUGUGAAAAGAAAAGAAAAAAGUGAAAGAGGAAGGGCAUGAUUUUCUAAAGUUUAAAGAGUUUAGAUUCUGUUAUUGCACUACAAUGUUACACAUAUUUAUGGAUCACCUGUGAUGAGCAAAGGUUUGCAAGUAAAGAGAGUUGAGCAUUAUAUCAACUUACAUAUAUACCAUGUGGUUAGCACAUCCUCAACAUAAAUCAGCCCUUUUACAUUUGCACAUACAGGCAGUUUAAGGCUACAGUUUCAUUUAGAACUUAUUAUCCAUUUGAAAUAGAUUUUCCUAUAGUUCAUGAAGUGAUAGUGUUUAUCAUGAGUUGACAAAUUUAAAUUUUAUUUUUAAGAGAGAUGGAAAAGGCAAAUCUUUCUAACCAGACUUCUGGAUAGCUGUGCUGUCCCCAUUUUCCUACACUCACUUAAUUGAGCAAUACUCUGGGUGUGGAGAAUGUCCAUAAUGCUUUAAAUAUAGUCCUGUUUUGUGUAGUGAGUAGAUUUUAUAUGAAGAGUUGCUGCAAAAUGUGCAAUGGUUGUACAAGCAAAUGUAUAUAUAUUUCAAACUUUAAUUUCUUGCCUAUAAAGGUGAACUUUCAUAGAAGAAUUUAUUUGGUCAUGCUAAAAUCUUUAAAGUUUUUAGAAUUAGUAAAACUUAUAUAGCCCCAAAAUAUACAAGUUAUUACAGUUGCACAAGAUAAGAAAUUAUUACAGAAUAAUUAUAUCCUAGUGCCUCCUCAUUCAUUAGAUCUAUUAUCUUAAUUUAUUGAAAAUAAUUACCUAGCAUUGACAGAGUGUCUUGAUCACUAUUUCUUAGAGGCACAUCACGUCAAGCUUGCAUCUUCCAUGUAUGUAGCUUUUGGUAAUUGUAUAUUUUUGUUGUAUACAGCAAUUUUCUAUUGAAAUAAAAAGAAUAUUGUAUGAGAAAA